CGAUUUUAGGGAUUUUGACCAAAUUGCAUCCUAUCACAAAAAGGAGGGAAAAGAAUUUCAAGGCAAAAAAAGCGAAAACAAACAAGGAAUCGUCAAAUUGUUCGGGUGUAACGUCGGGAUCGGAGAAUGGCGACGGCGACAUACCCGCCUCCGCCACCCUACUAUAGGCUGUACAAGAAGUAUUUGGAGGAUCCCUCCUCAGCUCCGGAGCCUCCCCCUCCAAUUGAAGGCACUUACGUUCUCUUUGGAAACACUUAUACUACUGAUGAUGUGCUUCCAAGUCUAGAGGAGCAAGGCGUCCGUCAACUCUACCCUAAAGGACCAAAUGUUGAUUUUAAGAAGGAACUCCGGUCACUCAACAGAGAACUGCAACUGCACUUAUUGGAGCUUGCUGAUAUUCUCAUAGAGCGCCCAUCGCAGUAUGCUAGGAGAGUCGAGGAGAUCUCUCUUAUUUUCAAAAACUUGCAUCACCUUCUCAAUUCAUUGCGGCCGCAUCAGGCUAGAGCAACCCUGAUACAUAUUUUGGAACUUCAAAUACAACGGCGCAAACAAGCUGUUGAGGACAUUAAAAGGUAUAAUGUUUCCAGUAUUCUAGAGGAUUUCAAUUUUGUUCUUGAGGGAAGCGUAAGGCAUGUUUCCGUUCAACAGUUUCAUAUUGCUACUGCAUUGACCAGUAAUGAACUAACAAGUUAAAAUUUGAAGGAUUGGACUGAUUUGAUGUAUCCUUCAUGUUUAUCGGGUUUCUAUUCCCCUUCUGAGUGUCAUACGGUCAUUUAACUUGACGAUUUGUGGACAGUUGCGAACAUAUGACAAAGAGAUUUGCUAUUUUGCUUGUGCAGGAGAAGAGAAGAAGCGCAAAGACUUUUAAAGGAGGCUUUGGGCACUUUAGAUUCACAGUAGUGACCAAUGGAGAGAAUGACUGUUUGGAGCAUUUGCUGUGAAAAUUGACUUCAUCAUAAUUAUUAUUUUGUUCGGGGUCAAAUUUACACAGUGCAUGGGUACUCAGUGAGGUUUCCAGUCUGGUUCCAUAUAGUAGAGUGUUACGUCUGUGUUGUCUAAGAAGUAGGGAGUCAAGUGUAUUCAGUUUAGUUGGAUUUUUCAAUGUAAAAUACUGUUCCCUCGAGAUGAAGUUCACUCUAAUCGUCCAGCACGACAAAGAUUUUUGUUUGCCGUCAAUUCUUGUUAAUGUAUCUUUGAUCCCCUCACCACAAGGCUUUAAGUUCAUAUAUCUUUAUAUCUUGUGACACUAUUCUUGUCAAACUUUCAUCCUUUCAAUCUCAAACCUGAAGUCUGCAUGCUUUGUUUGAUGCCUUCUCUAUUAUGUCCAUUCAAUCACAGUGUAAACUAAUGAUGCCUACAAGAAAGGGUAGAAGGAUGCUAUAUCACUAGGUUCUUCCAUAGUUACACCCAAGAUCAUCAUUGAUCCGAGGAAGAACAAAUCUAAGUGUUAGAACCUUCGGUUAAGAUAAUCUUUAUUAAUCAGCAAUUUAGUUAGUUGUUUAUACUUUUAAAAGUAAUUUUUAAGAAAGGAUAUAUUUUAGUAUUUUAGCUAUGCUGUAGUAUUUUCUGGAAUAAAAAAAAUAAAUUUGGUGUUAACCCUAUUUGUCUUUGGUUUAGCUAAGUUUUAGGCCUAUACAUAAUGUAGUUCAUACGACGGGACCUGCACUGUAUAAAGUGAAUGGUCUAGGAGAACUGCUGGAAAGAUGGUGGAUUGGUACUGGAUCUGGUUCAGGUGGCUGUGCUUUAUUCAAUUGCAAGCCCCUUCAUGACAUUGACAGGAUGUCCGUGGCUGGAGCUACGGAGUUGGCCAAGAGUGCAUUGUGUAUUGCAGCAUAUCGUGCGCCUGAGAGUGGUAGAUUUGUCAGUGUUUUCCACAUUGGAAGAGACGGGAUAACACAGGUGGCCUCUAGUGAUGAUGUAGUGGAAUGGCAAAAGCGGCGUUACAGUGAAGCUGACAAACUGUGGA